AUGAGGAUCCUGCUACAAAUCUUCAUUACAACGGAACCAGAACAACUCCUGACUUACUCCUGUCUUCAAGCGACAUCAGCGAACAUACGUUUCCUCUUGGCUUCAAGCGACAUCAGUGAGCAUACUCGCGACUUGCUCCUGGCUUCAAGCGACAUCAGUGAGCAUACACGCCGUAUUUCCUCUUGGCUUCAAGCGACAUCAGCGAGCAUACACGCCGCACAUUGA